CCUACAUCUUUCUUUUGGAUAAAAAAACAACUCAUAGCACCCAAAGAUCCUCCUAAAGCCAAAACAGUUCCACAGCCAAACAGAUUAAAGCAUCACCCUAUGGAUUUUGCAUCUUCUUCAUUGUUCACAGCAGAUUUUGCCUAUGAAAAUGAGCUAGAUCUCUCGAGUUUGAUAACUCCUUCAACGUUUAUACCAUUCCAAGAACCUAACCCAUCUAUUCCGACCAUUCAUUGUGCCGGUGCUGAAAACGAUGGAAGACAGAGAAUCCGUGAGACAACCACCACCGAUGAAAUCAUCACAAACGAAGAUGUUGAGCCGAAGAACAAGAAAGCAAAACGUAGAGAGAUUGAGAGACACCGAAGACAAGAAGUCACGUCUCUUUUUGGGAAUUUAAGAUAUAUAUUGCCAUCUCAAUACAUUAAGGGUAAGCGUUCUUCAUCGGAUCACGUUCAAGAAGCUGUGAAUUACAUCAAAGACUUAGAAAAGAAGAUCAAAGAGAUCAGCUUGAAAAGAGACCGAAUAAAGAGAUCUCUUUCUCAUUCAUCUUCAACAGGAGAGUGUUCUAUUAGAUCAUUAGAAUCAUCAUAUUGUUCUUGUGAUGGAGACACGCAUAUAAAUGUUAAGGUCAGGACUUGUUUGGUCGGUAUCGAAAUCGUAGCAAGUUGCUGUUUCAGACAAGAAUCUUGUCUUUCAAGUAUUCUUCAGUUGCUGGUUCAAGAACAAUGCCUUGAUGUUGUUAGUUGUAUCUCAUCUAGACUGCACCCAAGAUUCAUACACACCAUUGUUUGCGAGGUGGAGAAAGGAAUGGAAGUUAACUCCUUAGAACUUCAAGAAAAGUUGAUUAAAACAGGAAAAUUAUAUCACAUCAUGUGACUAUCCUCCAGCUGUAAUCGUAAAAACUUCUUUGAUGCAUUAUAGUUUGGUCUUGAAUUCGCUGUCACCAACUCAGAAAAAUCUAUCUUAUUUAGUUUUGUAUGUUAUUGUAUAUUAUGCUUUUUUUCGAGAGGAUGGAAAAUUCCCUCUAUCAGAACAAGUUUUAAUGUGUGAGAGUUAAGUGGUGUUCCAAAAAAAAGGAAAAUUAUGUUCAUAUGGAUGCUAACAUACUAUAUGCAUGUUUGUAUUUCUUUUUGUUAUGAAACUUUAUUUAUAUUAAUUGCGUUUUAAACCGAACAUUGGUUUAUGAUUACAAGAUAAAGAUUCAAAUUAUAUAGUUUAUUAUUUUAUUAAACAAUUUCCAAUGGAUUAUUCUAUUUGUUCUUCAAAAUAGAAUAACUCUAUAAUAAAAUUGAGUUUUACUCUAAUAAUAUUUAUUUAUAGUAAAAAAUAGAAUGAUGAAUAAAAAUAAAUGAACUAUUUUAUUAUAAAAAUAAACUUUAUUUAUUGUAACCCUUCUAUUAUA